AUGAUCUUUGGCUGCAUGGCGGCGGCCUUCUCAACCGCUACAUCCACGAAACUCCUUCAAGAACAGAAUGUUCCACUCAGUCUCGCCCUCGAAAUCGCCCAGGAUGCAGUUCAGGACUGCGCCAAGAAGCAAUACAGCGUAUCGGCUGCUGUAGUUGACCGUGAGGGCGUUCUGCGCGCGCUCCUUCGGGCUGACAAUGCAGCUAUCCACACCCCCGAGGCGGCGCGCCGGAAGGCGUAUACAGCUGCAUCGUCGCGUACCGCGACCAGUACUAUGGUCAAGAACAUUCAAAAUCCUGGCGCUGCCCAACUUGCCGCCGUUGAUGAUUUCCUAAUUCUCGCUGGUGGCGUGCCAAUCAAAGUCGGAAAUGAGACAAUCGGCGCUGUCGGUGUUGGUGGUGCGCCCAGUGGGGAUUUCGAUGAGGCUUGUGCGAUGGUCGCACUCCAACAGGUAGCAGACAAGCUGCUGUAG